GUCUAUUCAUCGCUGCUUUCGUUUUGUCGAUUGCUUGUUUGAUAUGACUGUUCCAAUGAUACAACGCCAUAAAGUCAUAUUUGGUAGUUACAAUGAGACGUCUUUUUUUGUUUCUGUCAUAUUGACAGCUGCGCUGUCAACCAAUCAUCAGCACUACCUCCAAUGAGAAUGAAUGUAGUUUUACGAGACGACUUCCACCUGAGCGAAAACGAAUCAGAAUAUUUCAGUGGCACAGAUGGAGAAUCGGAGGACAGUCACAGCGAAAUCUCGGACACCCUGUACGAGGGGGACGCAGAAAGCGACAGUUUCGACGAAGAAGACGUGAAUUCGGAAUCUUCAACUUACGAACGAUCGGUGAACGAUGUGAUUGAAGACGUCCUCAUAGAACUGAGAAGAGAUUGUGAUAGUGAUAAUACGGACAAUGAGUUCGAGAUAUACAAAGAAGAUGGAAGCGAUGUAGAGGUCCUUUCAGAGGAAGUUGAAGAUUGCAGUGGAGAAAGUAACAACGAAGAUUUCAGCGAUUCAUUCGAUGAUUCAGAUUCCGAUUUUGACGAAGAAUUCAUUUCGUUUAUUAUCAGAAAUACGAAAUACCAACUGAAGAAAAUGAUGAUGGCGUUCAUUCCGAAAUUUUAGAAAACACGUUUUAAGAUAAUCGUUAUUUUCUAUAAUAUAUUUUAUACAUACACUCCGUCAACGAAAAAUAUGAAAGUAGGUAUCCA